AUGUCGGCAGCCAUGGGUCCUCUCAUGCAGCAACUACAGGCCCUCCCUGCCCGCUCAAGGCAGGGUCUGAAUAAUCUGCGCCAGCGUAUAUUCCAGCAGGGAGAGAGACAACCCAAGGAAACCAACCUGUUACGCACUUCCCUCAGUGCUCACCGUCCUGUCUGGAUCACUGCUGCCGGCGGUCUGUACACCAGCAUGGCGGCUGUGUACCUCACGAUGCGAUAUCUGAAACGUGUGGCUCGGUAG